UUGCGGGAGCCAUGGCGGCCGCCAUGGAGGAGGAGCCCCCGGAGUCCCCGGAGCCGGCGGCGCGGCAGCCGCGAGUGCGGGACACCCCCGAGGACAUUUGUCUGGAGGCCACGGCCAACGCCAUCGCGCUGCACCCGGCGCGGCCGCUGCUGGCCGCGGGGGACGUGGACGGCGACGUGUACCUGUACUCGUACUCCUGCACCGAGGGGGAGAACCGGCAGCUCUGGUCCUCGGGACAUCACCUCAAGUCGUGCCGGGACGUGGCGUUCUCCCAGGACGGGCAGAAGCUUUUCACUGUGUCCAAGGAUAAGUCCAUCCACAUUCUGACAGCGGAGGAGGGCCGGCUGGAAACGCGCUUCCCCAAGGCCCACGAAUCGGCCCUCAACUGCGUGCUGCCCAUCGACAACCACAUCUUUGCCACGGGUGACGACGGCGGGGCAGUGAAGGUGUGGGACCUGCGCAAGGGCAGUGCCAUCCUGGAGGCACGGCAGCAGGAGGAGUACAUCAGUGCCAUGACCGUGGAUGGCAACGGGAAGCUCUUACUGACAGCCAGUGGUGAUGGCACCCUGGGCGUCUUCAACGUGAAGAGACGGCGCUUUGAGCUGCUCUCAGAGCCGCAGAACGGGGACCUGACAUCUGUGGUCCUGAUGAAGAGGGGGAGGAAGGUGGCGUGUGGCUCCAGCGAAGGCACCAUCUACCUCUUCAACUGGGAUGGCUUCGGGGCUGCUAGCGACCGCUUUGCGCUCAGGACAGAGACCAUUGACUGCAUGGUGCCCAUCACGGACAGCAUCGUGUGCGUGGGGUCCCUGGAUGGAGUCAUCAGGGCGGUGAACGUGCUGCCGAACCGCGUGCUGGGCUGUGUGGGACAGCACCUGGGCGAGCCCAUCGAGCAGCUGGCCGUGACCGCGGACGGGAAGCUCCUGGCCAGCAGCGGCCACGACCAGAAGGUGAAGUUCUGGGACGUGUCGGCGCUCGGGUCGAUGGUGGUCGACGAUUACCGCCGGAAGAAGAAGAAGGGCGGGCCGCUGCGCGCCCUCAGCAGCAAGGCGCUGGGCAGCGGGGAGGAUUUCUUCGCCGACCUGCGGGACGAGGCCGAGCCGGAGGCGGCGGGGGAGGGCGGUGACAGCGGCGACAGCGAUAGCGACAGCGACUGAGCGGCCGCGCGGGGGCGGGAGCGCAGCGGCCCCCUCAGCGCCGCGCCCCCUCAGCGCUGCCGCCCCCUCAGCGCUGCCGCCCCGCCCGUCGCCAAUCAGAGCCGCAGCCCCUGGAGUGCCCGCCCACGGGGGCCCGGCCUCGCCCCGUGUUGCGGGGGGGAAACGACGACAUUGGCGUUCUGAUUGGCUGCUGGGGCUGCCACUCAAACGGCUGCAGGCACGGCCUGAAAGGGGCGGGACGUCUCGGAGCGGGUGGGGGUCCCGUAGGGGGCAGCGGUUAUGGGGGGCCGGGGCCCCGUGAGGAGCCGGGGGUGGCCCCGGGAUAGGGGGACAGGCUGGGGAUGGUGGGGCUGAGGGCCCUGCCAGAGGGGGUGGCCCUGACAUCAGAGGCCCUGGUGCAGGGGAGGCUCUUAGAGGUAGGGACACGUGGCUGGGAUGACAGGGACUGGGAAGGGUCCCGGACUGCGGUCUGUGAUGGAUGGUGUGGCUCUGAGAUGGGGGGACAUGGCUGGGGGCUCUGCUCAGGGAUGGGGGUGACCACUGGUGUCCCUGGUGUGGGGAAUGCAGGGAUGGGGGGACAUGAACCUCCCUGGUGAAUGAGGGCUCUGAUAUGGGGGGGACAAAGCUGGGUGUCCCUGGCGGGACAGAGUUGGGGGUCUCUGGUGGAUGAGAGGGUGCUGAGAUGUGGGAGGACAGGACUGGGGGGGUCUCUUGUGGGGGAUGCAGCACUGGGAGGGCAUUGGGUCGUGCUGGGGUUUGCUGGUGUAUUUGGGGGUCCUGGGAUGGAGAAGAAGCAGGGCAUUUCUCAGGAGGGGUGAGAGGGUGACAUGGGAUCCCGGGGUGCCUGGCCAGGGCACAAAAGUUUGUCAUUGUGCUGCCCUGCUGUCCCAGCAGGUCAAUUACCCUUUGUUAAUUAAGACUUUAGCUCUGUUAGAAAUAAACUCAGUGCCUUUCACUUCCCAG